ACACAACAAGCCAAUCAGCUCCUCACUCUCCUCGGUCCUCACACACACACUCCUCUGCGCCCCGAUCAAGCCCUAGCUCGCAGCUCCGGCCUCCGGACGCCGCCUCCCUUCCCCGGCUCCGGCGCCCACGAGCAGCUCACGCUCCAUCUCUCUCCACUCCCCUCCCCCACGCGCGCGACGCCCGGCUUCCAUCCAUUUCCCUCGAGGUCCGGCAAUGCCGAGGCGGCGGUCGUCGGCUGGGCGGAUGGAUGCCGCCAUAGACCAUUUCACUCCGAUGGGGUACAACAAGGCCCAAGUCCGCAGCGUGGUCAACACCCUCCUCAAGGUGUAUGGGACGGAAGAUGGGAAGCAACCAUGGGCGCUUCUGGAGGACAACUGCUACCAGGUGGUGCAGGACGUGCUCUUCGAGAAGCAGGAGGAGGAGGAGAAGCUGCAGCUGCAGCUGCUUCAGGAGCAGGAGAAGCAGUCGGAGGAGGAGGGUGGAGCUCAGCACCUUUUGCAGGAGGAGCAGCAUGAGGAGGUGGAGGAGGAUGACGAGGCUCUGCAACAAGAAGCAGCAAUGCAGGAGGCACCAUUAGAAAACAACAUGACAAUUGUGAGGGUGCACACUGGCUUACCAUCUGAGGCUGUGUCAGCAGUUGAGGAAAAAGAGGAAGUUGUCCCGAUGACCAUCGAUGCACCUUCUCACAGAGCUACGCUGCAACAUCCUCUACCUGCGGUUGUUGGUCUUACAAGGCGUCCCUGCUAUGGAUGGAUCAGUGAGUCUGAGAGUGAUUCAGACUAUGAAGAACAUUUUGGUAAUCGGCAACAUGAGGCGCCUGUCCCAACUCCAGGAGGAGACCGGCUUUGCAAGAAGAAGCGGCCAAGUAGAUGGGAUGUGAAGUGAAGUGCAGCACUUAACAGGAGAUGAGGCUGAUGCAAGUUCACAGCAAAGAGUGGUGGCAGUGGCUAGUUGAUGUGGUCUGAAGAACUAACUGAAUUUGCAGCCGUACUGUAAUGCUAUGCUAGUAUAUACAUAUAUGUGUAGUAAUCUGGAGAAAUGGGUUUGCAGUGGUAAUGUGACCCUAGUAGUAUAUUCUGCGUGAAGAAUGUAAGAUCGGCAUGGCUGUUGUUGGUUAAUUAGGUAAUUUGACUCUAAUGUUUGUCUGGAUCAUGACCCCUGCGUUAGUUUGGCUUGGCUGGAUGUCUUGAACGCAUUUGGGUUCUGGCUGAUCUGUUGUUAGCAGAGCUAUCUAAGAGAUCAUGUGGCUUUAUGUAUUUUUAA